AGGGGUGCUGACUUCCGCCAUGUUGUUUUCCUGCAGGCUGCUGCGGUAAAGAGCAAACGAUAUAUGGGUAGGUUACCGGAGACGGGGUUUCGCUUGGAGAGUAGAAUGUCUCUGAUGAGACCUUCCAUGUGCAGAAGGCCCUCUAUAUAACCCCCAGGCUGCAGAUGCUGAGUGAUGCUUGAAAGGGAAGCAGUAAGUGCAUCAAUUUGAAGACAUACCUUUUUAUAUUUUUUACGAUGUCGGUCAAGUCUUCACUACUAAAAGUAAUCCUGCUGGGAGAUGGAGGAGUGGGGAAGAGUUCACUCAUGAACAGAUAUGUCACCAACAAGUUUGACACCCAGUUGUUUCACACAAUAGGGGUUGAGUUCUUGAAUAAGGAACUGGAAGUAGACAAUCAUUCGGUUACCAUGCAGAUCUGGGACACAGCAGGUCAGGAGCGCUUCAGGAGUCUGAGGACCCCUUUCUACAGAGGCUCUGACUGUUGUCUACUUACUUUCAGCGUGGAUGAUUCCCAAAGCUUUCAGAACCUAAGCAACUGGAAGAAAGAAUUUAUCUACUAUGCAGAUGUAAAGGACCCUGACAAUUUUCCUUUCGUUGUCUUGGGAAACAAAAUAGAUAUCAAUGACCGUCAGGUCCCGGUGGAAGAGGCUCAGGCGUGGUGUAGAGACAAUGGAAACCAUCCUUAUUUUGAAACCAGUGCUAAAGAUGCCACUAAUGUUGCAGCAGCAUUCGAAGAAGCUGUUAGGAGAGUCCUUGCUAUCGAAGAUCGAUCCGAUCAGAUGAUGCAUACUGAUAUGGUUAAUCUCCAUAGAAAGCCCAAACCUAAUUCAUCUUGCUGUUGAAUCCUAGGUUUUCAGCAUUCUACGUCUACUAAUCUCAUUAACACGUGAUGGAUCCGUCAUGAUGGACAUUUGGUUUAAAACUGGUAAUCAAGACAAAGCAGUGUAACUGAAGAUGAUCUUAUUAGAGUGUAAUUAAUCAUUUGGAGUCAUCUGCGUUCUAAUACCUUGUCGAAGCCAUAGGCCUCACCGUAGGCUGCCCUGCUACUUAUUGGCUAUUUUCGGUACUGAAAUAUAAGCAGCACUUGAAGCGUCUCUGAUUUCUAUUAUUGUGCUCCUUAGUGAAACAGAUGGGCACGGAGGAGCCAUUUCUCCUCUUAA